AGGAAGUCAUGUGAUCUGCGAGCUAAUAAAAACUAGGUCACGUCACGACCUCUUAAGUCAAUAGUAUAAUGCAACGCAACGGAAAUGUGUUAGAAAAUAGGACUUUUGUUAGCGUAUCAGCUUACUGGGGUUUUUAUUGUGGCAUAUAGAAUUCGACCUGUUUACGUUAAGCAGCUGAGCAGGUAUAUGUAAAGGACAUAAAGGUAUACACAUUUUUGUACCUGCAAUGAUGGUUUAAAUUCAAACUAGGUACAGAUCGCGCAACAAGAUCCCAAGGAUUUACAUUUUUAUACAGGCAUAUUCACGUCAAAAUCCACGAUCUCCUCGGCUAAGACGGAAUUCUUAAAACAACACAUUUGUAUGUGAUCCUUGUGACCAUGCCGUUUUCAGCAAAACAGAAAGAUAUCCACAGGAAACUGUUAGUUGAGCUGUCUGAAGACAUAGAUGACGAGCAAUAUCUUGAUAAUCUCAAAAAAAUGCUGAGUGGAGAUAUUGGCCAAGGACGUCUAGCAAAAGCUAAGGACUCGUUGAAUUUAAUGAAUACAAUGGAGAACGUCGGUUUUUUGGCGGUUGGAAAGUAUGACCGUUUGAAAGAAAUGUUCCAACAUGCUGGUCUUAACGGUCUGGUAACGACCAUAAUAGACGCCGAGUCGCGUAUUAGAGCUGAGAGACCAUCUGUAGAAGUUAGACCGAUGGAAGCUGGGACAUACGAGACUCCAGGCCCUGAACUUAGAAGGAAGAGGUCACGUCUUGGUACGGACGCGAGUACAGGUACCGAGCUUGACGUGAGGCAUAUACAGAGAGUAUUUGAUGGUCUACUUCAAUACACGGUGCUCACAGGGCCAGGUUACACAAACUUGUCAAGAGAGCUGCUGGACAGCAAAUUACAGCACAUUAAGGACGUGCUGCAGGAGCCCCCGGGGUACAGCCGUUUCUUUCUGAUAAUACUAAGUCAUGGAGAUAAGGAUGGAAUUCGCACCUGCAAAACUGAUGGUAAAACCUGGGACAAUAAAAUCAUAACAGUAAACGAAAUAACUGAGAUAUUCCGAGAUACACCGCUCAUGAUAGACAUGCCCAAGGUGUUUAUUAUACAAGCUUGCCGCGGUGAAGAUCAUCAGAAGGCGACACUAAGGCCUGAUACUUGCCCUGUCGACGACACGGAAUACCUCAACUUGCAGAUGGAAAAUUUGCGGAUCCAAAUUUCCACGCCAAUUGAUGCAGAUAACUUAGUGGCGUAUGCGACAACUCCAGGUCACAUUGCUUGGCGACAGACGGAUAGAGGUUCUUGGUUUAUAUACAACCUCUGUCAGGUGAUAGAAACCGAUCACAGAAAUGAACACUUUGUGGACAUUUUGACGGAAACGUCACGACUUGUAGCAGAUUUAACAGCGCCUCUAGAGUCAAACGGAAUCAAGACUGUUGCUAAACAAAUGCCCAUAUUUGUCUCCACACUGAGGAAGAAAAUGUAUUUGAUUGACACUUAAAAGUCGCAUGUAAUAAUCACAUAGAAAGUAAAACCGCCCAUAUAUUGUCAGUUGUGUAUGCAAAUACGUAUUUCUUUUUUUGUAAAAUACAUACAAUACGUAUUAGUGCAAGUAUAUCUACACAUCAAGGGAGAAGGGCUUAAUGUUUUUGCAAGUUAUACUUUACUUAUCAUCUACUGGGAAAACAGAAAGGCAUUUCACUGGAUAUUCAAUUGUGUAUUUUACACAGAAAUGACAUCAUCUCAUAACUGGCCUCUUAAAGAGAGUAGCUUUAAUUCAUACUGUUUUACAGUAGUUCAAAAUAUAUCUCUAUAAAAAUGAUUUUUUUUUAUUGGGCAUUAUUUUUGUCGUUAAUGUUGCCACACAUUCAGUGAAAUAAACCGCUACUACCAUAUAAUUAGGCCUAUAUAAAAGACAAAUGGAAGAGGACGCACGUAUUGAAGUGCUGAAAUGUAAUUUUGCAUAA